AUGGCUCCUAUAUCGGCAGAUGAGCGCAACUCGCGCACCAUUUCUACAGCCGCCUGUUUGAUCAUCGGUGAUGAAGUUCUGGGCGGAAAGACAGUUGAUACCAACUCUGCCUAUUUCGCCAAAUGGUGCUUUAACCUCGGAAUUAACCUCAAGCGCAUCGAGGUUAUUGAAGACGAUGAAGGCGAGAUUGUUGAGGCUGUGCAGAGAAUGAGCGACCGCUAUGACUUUGUCGUUACUAGACACGACGACAUUACUUACCAAUCGAUCGCCAAGGCCUUUAACCUGCCUCUCAAACUACACCAAGAAACCUUUGACAAGAUGAAGCUGAUGUCCAAGGUUCAUCCCAAUCAACCCAAGUUCGAUUGGGAUGUUGACUCGCCAGCAAGAAGGGCAAAGCUUCGUAUGGCUGAGUUGCCAAUUGACGAAUCUCGGGACCUUAAGAAGCAAGCUCUCUUCCCCCAUGAUGAUCUUUGGGUUCCCGUAUCAGUCGUGAACGGAAACAUCCAUAUCUUGCCGGGUAUCCCUAGACUUUUUCAGAGACUUCUUGAGGGGUUGAAGCCUCACAUCCUCCCACGUCUCAGUGACCCUGAGGGGAAAGGUACGCAUAGAGUACUGUUCUCUACGCCUCUUCCUGAGAGUGGCGUUGCCGAUUAUCUCACAACAUUGGCUGCCAAAGUUGGGCCCAAGGGUGUCAAGGUCGGAAGUUAUCCUCGCUGGGGCAAGAAAAACAACACGGUCACACUCGUUGGACGGGAUCUGGACUAUCUCGAGAGUCUCGUUGACGAAGUUCAAGCUGGCAUUCAGGGUCUGCGAGUUGAUGCCGAGAGCGACGGAGAAGAAGACCCGAAGCAGAUCAAGAAGCAGGCGACCGAAGACGCGGACAAGGACACCGCAGAGCAAGUUGUUGAGAAACCUUGA